AUGGCUUUUCUCUUCCUCAAGCAGAAGCUCUUCCCCACAAAAGAGUACCAAAAGCUUCCAAGUAAACCUCUCCUAGCUCGCAUCGAAGACGAGGAAACGAUGGACCAAGACCUUGAAUCGCAGAGCGCCCGCUCUUACAACACCUUCGGACGCACUGUCAGCUAUGGCGAGUCUACCAUCAGCGGUGGCAGUGCCAGCACCCGGUCUCGCAUCAACCCACGCAUAAUUUCCGAUGCUAUUCUUGGUCUCUCGGACGGACUAACUGUUCCAUUCGCUCUAACCGCUGGACUGUCGGCACUUGGAAACACCAAGGUUGUUGUUCUCGGUGGACUUGCCGAGUUGGCAGCAGGAGCCAUCUCCAUGGGAUUGGGCGGAUACGUUGGCGCAAAGAGUGAAGUUGAAUCAUACCAAGCUACCGUUCGCGAAACCGAAGAAUUGAUCGAGAAUCAUCCCCACGAAACACGAAUCAUUGUGCACGAUCACUUCGCAUCGUACAGUCUCUCAGAAUCGGCCAUUGAAGAUAUCACCCGCAAUCUGCACGCCUCGCAGGACCGCCUCCUCGAGUUCUUGCUUGCAAACCACCACCGUGUAGCUGCGCCUGACUGCAACCAAGCCUGGAUGUCCGCUCUUACGCUAGCACUGGGCUAUUUCGUCGGAGGUUUUAUCCCGCUGAUUCCGUAUUUCAUCGCUUCCCAGGUUCUCAUUGCUUUGUACUGGAGUAUUGGUGUCAUGGGUAUUACUCUUCUCACAUUUGGAUACACCAAGACCUGUGUGGUACGUGGUUGGAGUGGUCGUGAUAAUGUUCUUGCUGCUAUCUGGGGUGGAAUCCAGAUGGUUCUUGUUGGAGGUGUGGCUGCCGGCGCGGCAAUUGGACUAGUGCGUCUGAUUGACACUGGUAAAACUGGUAAUGCCGCAUAG